CUGGAAAAGUUCGAGUGGCCGUUCAAAAGCCUGACUCUCUCUUGUGAGUCGCUUGUAGUCCUUCAGUCUUGUUCAGAUAUCUGGUCAAGGAAGCGUCAGAGGAAAACACAAAGCCGAGCAGUUACUUUGAAGUGUCCUGGCUCGUGAGACUAGGUGAAGAAAGUGAUUUUUUUUUUUUCUCCUUCGGCGCUGGGGUCAGAGGGGGAGCCCUUUCCAAUGCAGGAAGCCCUCCCUUCGCAGCUCACCGUCUCAGCAGACACUGUGGGGAGCAGGCCUGUUUUCCACGCUGCCAUUUACCCUCAGACCCCCCGAGCACCCCGGGGGGCCCGUCCUGUCACCGGAGGCUGCGAUGGAACCUCCCUCUCUGUGCUCGGAGAGAGUCCCCCGGGGGUAGCCCUCCGCUCCGGAGGGGGGCACACUGGUGAGGGCUCGGCUCUGCUCCCAGGACACCUUUGUCCCUGGAGAACGCCCGGCCGGUCAGAAAUGAUGGAAGAAUUGCAUAGCCUGGACCCACGAAGGCAGGAAUUACUGGAGGCCAGGUUCACUGGAGUUGGCGUUAGUAAGGGGCCACUCAAUAGUGAGUCUUCCAACCAGAGUUUAUGCAGCGUGGGGUCCUUGAGUGAUAAAGAAGUAGAGACUCCUGAGAAAAAGCAGAAUGACCAGCGAAAUCGGAAAAGAAAAGCUGAACCAUAUGAAACUAGCCAAGGGAAAGGCACUCCUAGGGGACAUAAAAUUAGUGAUUACUUUGAGUUUGCUGGGGGAAGCGGGCCAGGAACCAGCCCUGGCAGAAGUGUUCCACCAGUUGCACGAUCCUCACCGCAACAUUCCUUAUCCAAUCCCUUACCGCGUCGAGUAGAACAGCCCCUAUAUGGUUUAGAUGGCAGUGCUGCGAAGGAGGCCUCAGAAGAGCAGUCUGCUCUGCCAACCCUCAUGUCAGUGAUGCUAGCGAAACCUCGCCUUGACACAGAGCAGUUAGCACCACGGGGAGCUGGCCUCUGCUUUACCUUCGUCUCUGCUCAGCAAAACAGUCCUUCUUCUACGGGUUCUGGCAAUACAGAACAUUCUUGCAGCUCCCAAAAACAGAUCUCCAUCCAGCACAGACAGACCCAGUCUGACCUCACAAUAGAAAAAAUAUCUGCACUAGAAAACAGUAAGAACUCUGACUUAGAGAAGAAGGAAGGAAGAAUAGAUGAUUUAUUAAGAGCCAACUGUGAUUUGAGAAGGCAGAUAGAUGAACAGCAGAAGAUGCUAGAGAAAUAUAAGGAACGAUUAAACAGAUGUGUCACCAUGAGCAAGAAGCUUCUUAUAGAAAAGUCAAAACAAGAGAAGAUGGCAUGCAGAGAUAAGAGCAUGCAGGACCGCUUGCGAUUGGGCCACUUUACUACUGUCCGACAUGGAGCCUCUUUUACUGAACAGUGGACAGAUGGCUAUGCUUUCCAAAACCUCAUUAAGCAACAGGAAAGGAUAAAUUCUCAGAGAGAAGAGAUAGAAAGACAACGAAAAAUGUUAGCAAAACGGAAACCCCCUGCCAUGGGUCAGGCCCCUCCAGCAACCAAUGAACAGAAACAACGAAAAAGCAAGACCAAUGGAGCUGAAAAUGAAACGUUAACCUUAGCAGAAUACCAUGAACAAGAAGAAAUCUUCAAACUAAGAUUAGGUCAUCUUAAGAAAGAAGAAGCAGAAAUCCAGGCAGAGCUGGAAAGGCUAGAAAGGGUUAGAAAUCUACAUAUCAGGGAAUUAAAAAGGAUACAUAAUGAAGAUAAUUCACAAUUUAAGGAUCAUCCAACGCUAAAUGACAGAUAUUUGUUGUUACAUCUUUUGGGUAGAGGAGGUUUCAGUGAAGUUUACAAGGCAUUUGAUCUAACAGAGCAAAGAUACGUAGCUGUGAAAAUUCACCAGUUAAAUAAAAACUGGAGAGAUGAGAAAAAGGAGAAUUACCACAAGCAUGCGUGUAGGGAAUACCGGAUUCACAAAGAGCUGGAUCAUCCCAGAAUAGUGAAGCUGUACGAUUACUUUUCAUUGGAUACUGACUCGUUUUGUACAGUAUUAGAAUACUGUGAAGGAAACGAUCUGGACUUCUACCUGAAACAGCACAAAUUAAUGUCGGAGAAAGAGGCCCGAUCCAUUAUUAUGCAGAUUGUGAAUGCUUUAAAGUACUUAAAUGAAAUAAAACCUCCCAUCAUACACUAUGACCUCAAACCAGGUAAUAUCCUUUUAGUAAAUGGUACAGCGUGUGGAGAAAUAAAAAUUACAGAUUUUGGUCUUUCCAAGAUCAUGGAUGAUGAUAGCUACAAUUCAGUGGAUGGCAUGGAACUAACAUCACAAGGUGCUGGUACUUAUUGGUAUUUACCACCGGAGUGUUUUGUGGUUGGGAAAGAGCCACCAAAGAUCUCAAAUAAAGUUGACGUCUGGUCAGUGGGUGUGAUCUUCUACCAGUGUCUUUAUGGGAGGAAGCCUUUUGGCCAUAACCAGUCCCAGCAAGAUAUUCUACAAGAAAAUACUAUUCUUAAAGCUACUGAAGUACAGUUCCCGCCAAAGCCAGUAGUCACACCUGAAGCAAAGGCAUUUAUCCGGCGAUGCUUGGCCUAUCGAAAGGAAGACCGUAUCGAUGUCCAGCAGCUGGCCUGUGACCCCUACUUGUUGCCUCACAUUCGAAAGUCAGUCUCUACAAGUAGCCCGGCUGGAGCUGCUAUUGCAUCAACCUCUGGGGCAUCCAAUAACAGUUCUUCGAAUUGAGACCAACUCCAAGGCCACAAACUGUUCAGCACACAAAGUGGACACAUGGCAUCAGCAGUGGGUUUGGAACAUAGUGAAUCCGAAUGGAUCUCAUGAAACCUGUACCAGGUGCUUUUAUUUCUUGCUUUUUUCCCAUCCAUAGAGCAUGACAGCAUCGAUUCUCAUUGAGGAGAAGCCUUGGGUAGCUCUGGCCAGGCCUCAUAGGAGAAGGCCCUGCCCGAGGUUCCGGCGUCAACGGUCACUGUGUGUGGCUGCUCUGAGUGAGGAAAAAUUAAAAAGAAAAAACUGGUUCCAUGUACUGUGAACUUGAAAACAUGCAGACUCAGGGGGUUCCCUGACACAAUGCUUCAGAUGAAGAAUGUGGACUUGAAGACACAGACUGGGCUAGUCCAGAGUCUAUAUUUAAACUUGCUCUUUUCUUUUAAUAAAGUUUAGGUGACAUCUCCUGAAAAGCUUGUAGCACAGAGGCUCAGCUGGGGAUGGUGUUUGACUUUGGAGGAAAAAAGUUGCUAUUGCCCAUUAAAGGCACUAGAGUUAGUGUUCUAUCCCUAAAUAAUUUCAAUUUUUAAAAAACAUGCAGCUUCCCUCGCCCCUUUUUUAUUUUUGAAAGAUUACAUUUGGUCAUAAAGUGAAACCCGUAUUAGCAAGUACGUGGCAAUGUUCAUUCCAGUCAGAAGCGGCUCCCUCCAUCUGGUCUCCCACUGGGGAGGGCUUCCCUCAACUCCUCGGGAGAGAUGGAGUGGGGGCUCUGAGAUGCCGGGGCUUUGCCAUCGACAAAGUGAAGGGAGAAGACUGCAGCUGGAGACUCUCUAAGUUUUCAGAUAUUUCUUCAAUUGAACACUUGACGGUUGUCCCUUUUAAUUUAUUUGAAGUGCUAUUUUUUUAAAUAAAGGUUCAUCUGUCCAUGCA